AUGGCUAACUUGGCCUUUUCGAGCGAUAUGGCUCAACAGGACGACAAUUCCGGUUCUCGUCCUAGCCCUGCUGUGUCCUUUGAGGGCCAGCAAGUUGUCCAAUGCGGAGAUAAACUUGAGGGCAUUGACCCCGGCUUUGCGUGGCUGAAGAAGAAGGCUACUAGUAGUACACCAGGGCUUGAUGAGCUGGUGUGGAUGCCCAGCUGGGAAACAGGCCCAGGAGUGCUGUGGGGAUACGUCAAGGUUUACGUAAGGAAAUUCAUCGACCUUGAUGCAACUAAGGGUGGGAUUACAGGAGAAAAAGAAGCACAAGGAGACGAUGGUGCUGCCGCAGCCGGGACCGAGCCAGCCAUAACUGCUACCGCCUUGCCUGGGGUUGUUGAGAGAGGACCUAACAAUGACGCGCCGACCGCUGCAGACGAGAACAAAUUGCCAAAGUCUUGCUCUCUAGCUGAGAGCGGCUGUGGAGAGGGCGCAUUAGGCAUGCCUGGAACGUGGCUGUUAACGGAAACGCUAGCCAGACCCUCGAAUCGGCCGAUAAGCGGAACAAAGGGGGAGCUGCUGGUGACGACAAGGCGCGGCAAGGCUGAGCAAGCUGGUCCGGUACCAUCGCGCAAGGGCAAGGAGAUGGCGGGCCCCAGCGGCGCAGAUGUCCGGGUGGUGCAGCAGAAACUUGCAAGCAUGUUGCUCUUAGAACAGCCCGGACCGUCUUGA